CUGUUGGCGUUUUAUUUAUAUGUUCGCAUUUCUCCUUCUCUAAACAUAUAAUCUUGAAGCUUUCAAGUGUAUUUUAGUUUCUUUAAUGGAACCAUCAGCUCCAUUUACUACUUACCAUGUCUUCUUGAGUUUUAGAGGUGGAGACACCCGUAAGAACUUCACUGAUCAUCUCUACACAGCUCUGGUUCAACAAGGAAUCCAUACAUUCCGCGAUGAUGAUGAAAUCCAAAGAGGAGAGAAUAUUGAAAUGGAAAUUCAAAGAGCAAUAAGAGAGUCAAAGCUAUCAAUAAUUGUUCUUUCAAGAGAUUAUGCUUCUUCAAGAUGGUGUCUUGAUGAGCUUGCAAUGAUAAUGGAACGCAGAAGAGUUGUUGGGCAUGUCGUGGUGCCUGUUUUUUAUGAUGUGGAUCCUAAACAAGUUAGAGACCAGACUGGAAGCUAUGGUGAAGCUUUUGCUAGGCAUGAGAAGAACUUCAAGAAGGAGGAGAUGGAGAAUUGGAGGGAAGCAUUAAGACAAGCUGCAGAUCUUGGAGGGAUGGUUUUACAAGAUGGGUAUGAGUCUCAAUUUAUUCAAAACAUUGUUAGAGAGGUUGAGAACAAAUUGAGUAGAACAGUGCUUAAUGUUGAUCCCUAUUUAGUUGGAAUGGAUUCUCGCAUAGCACGCAUUAACCGGUGGUUGCAAGAUGUAUCAGAUGAUGUUGAAAUAGCUGCAAUAUAUGGGAUUGGUGGCAUUGGCAAGACAACAAUUGCCAAAAUAGUUUAUAACCUUAACUUCAACAGAUUUGAAGCAAGAAGCUUUCUUGCAAAUGUCAGAGAAAUUUCAGAACAACCUAAUGGUCUGGUUCGACUGCAGAAGCAACUUCUUUCUGAUAUAGUAAAAGGAAAAACAAGCAAAAUAUAUAAUGUUGAUGAAGGAAGUAUCAUGAUCAGGAAUGCUUUGUGUCGCAAAAAAAUACUUCUUGUUGUAGAUGAUGUGGAUGAUGCAGAUCAAUUUAAUACAGUAAUUGGUAUGCGAGAAUGGUUUUAUCCAGGAAGCAAAAUUAUAAUAACAACAAGGCGUGAACGUCUAUUAAAGUUUGUUUUGAACUUUGAAGUUGAAGAAUUGGAUAACAAAGAAUCACUUAAGCUUUUCAGUUGGCAUGUUUUUGGUCAAGAUCAGCCUGCAAAUGGUUACCAAAAUUAUUCUGAAAAUGUAGUGAAUCAUUGCGGUGGACUUCCAUUAGCUCUUCGAGUUUUGGGUUCUUCUUUAUCUGGGAAAAGUAUAUCAGUAUGGGAAAGUGCAUUGCAGAAGUUGGAAAAAAUUGCAGACAGUAAAAUUCAGCAGAUUCUUAGAAUAAGCUUUGAUUCUCUCCAGGAUGAUCACGACAAAAGCUUAUUUCUCGACAUAGCUUGCUUUUUCACUAGAAUGGAUAUAGGCUAUGCUGUUAGAAUACUAAAUGGCUGUGAGUUUCAUACUAUCGUUGGCAUUCAAAAUCUCAUUAAUAGAUGUCUGAUAACUAUUAGUGAAGAAAACAAGUUGAUGAUGCAUCAAUUACUUAGAGACAUGGGACGGGAAAUUGUUCGCCAAGAAUCCCCUGAUGAUCCUGGAAAACGUAGCAGACUUUGGGAUCCUGUGGAUGCAACUAAUGUAUUGCUACAAAAUACAGGCACAGAAUCAAUUAGAGGACUUAGCCUCAACCUACCGGCAUUGACAGAAGACAAGCACGCGGGGAAAAAUGCUACCACAGAUUAUGAUGAUGAAAACACUAAGGGAAAAUUGAUGCUACUUGAUGAAGAAAAUUAUUCAAAAAGGCGUCGUCUUACCAUAUUCUCUUGGCAAGCAGAAAGCAAUAGAACAAUUAGUUCUUUUUCUACUAAGCCGUUCAAGAAAAUGGUGAGAUUAAAAUUGCUCAAUCUCAAUCAUGCACAGCUUAGUAAAGGCUACAAGGAAUUUCCUAGAAGUUUAGUAUGGUUGUGUUGGCGUGGAUUCGCCUCAAACUCUGUACCAGUCGAUUUGUGCCUCGACAAGCUGGUUGCUCUUGACAUGCGCAAUAGCAAACUAAAAUAUCUUUGGAACGGAAUCAAGUUUCUAGUAGAGUUGAAAGUACUUAACCUUGGCCAUUCUCAUGCGCUUGUUAGAACCCCCAACUUUAGAGGACUUCCUAAUCUCGAGAAACUGGUGCUUAAAGAUUGCAUAAGCUUGGUUGAUAUUGAUGAAUCCAUUGGAAACCUACAGAAGCUUAUAAUACUGAAUUUAAAAGAUUGCAAAAGCCUCAAGAAGCUUCCACUAGAAAUUACCAUUUUGACAUUUCUUGAAGAACUUGUCAUUUCUGGUUGCUCAAAUCUUUUUGAGCUACCAAAGGAGCUUGUGAAGUUGCAAUCAUUAAAAAUACUGCACGCAGACGGCAUUGCCAUAAAUCAAGGAAAAUCCAGCAAUAAAGAUUUGAAUGAAAAUCUGUCAUUGUGGCGUUCAACUUCUUGGUCUUGGCUGUUACAGAAAAGAUGGGCAAAAUCAAACAAUUUUUCACUAGCAUUUUUACCAAGAUUUUUAAUAAGUUUAAGUCUUGCAGAGUGCAGAAUAUCAGAUAAUGUUAUUCCUGAAGAUCUUAACUGCCUACCUUCUUUAGAGUACUUAAACCUAAGUGGAAACCCAAUCCAUUGCCUUCCAGAGAGCAUUAACAGCCUUGUUAUGCUUGAUUCCCUCGUAUUAGACCGAUGCACAAGCCUACAUUCCCUUCCUGAGCUUCCAACAAGUUUGAACUCCUUGAAGCUAGAAGACUGCACAUCAUUGGAAAGAAUUACAAAUCUGCCAAACUUGUUGAAAUCAUUAAACCUGGAAAUUUUUGGUUGCGAUAAACUGGUUGAGGUUCAAGGCUUAUUCAGAUUAGAACCAGUAGGAAACAUCAACAAAGAAAUACUUAAGGAUAUGGGGUUAAUCGAUUUGGAAUCUUUGAAAGAAAUUGAAGUGGAAAUAUCAAAUGCUUUGGCAUGCACAGAAAUGAAGACAAAUAUUCAGGUACUGCAUGAAUGUGGAAUAUUCAGUGUAUUUCUUCCUGGGAAUAGAGUUCCAGAGUGGUUUAACCUAAAAAGUGAGAGUCCUGCAAUAUCUUUUGAUAUCCAAGCAGUCUCUGGUCAAAAAAUCAAAGGCUUGAGUUUAUGUGUAGCAUACAGCAAUCGUGGAGAUGGUGGAUAUAUAGAUGACAAUUGCAUUAAAACCAACAACAAAACCAAAGGUGUAAAAUGGACAUACAGCCCAAACUUCUAUGGGAUUCCAAAACCCUAUGAAGAUAUGCUAUGGUUAAGCUACUGGACAUUAGGAGAUCAGCUGGAAGGUGAUGAUGAAGUACAUAUUUUAGUGGAAAUGGCAUCUGGUUUACAUGUAAAAGAAUGUGGGGUUCGCCUUAUAUAUCAGCGAGAAGAAGAAAAUGGUGCCCCCGAAAUAGUUCAAAGCAGAAGCAGCUCUCCUUGGUAUCUAACCAUCAGCGAUGCAGAUAUGUUAGUAUAUGAGCUGGGAACAAACUCAUAUUUCCUGUGCCAUCAUAAAUUUCAAACACAUCAAGGAUCAGGAAGAUAUGACUGGGAUGAUAUGAGUGGGUAUGAGUAUUUGUUUGAGGAGAAAAAAGAGGAUUACUUCAAAACUGAUUAUUACACAGAUGACGACAAAGACGAAGACUUCGUAACUGACAACUACACAGACUGAGUUUUCUUUACUUGAACCAUUCUUGCAUCUGCACUUUCAUGUCAAUGUUAAAUUGGGGCAAAUGCAGAUUUUCAUUUAGAGAGGGACCCUUGUUAUCACCAUCCAUUACUUGAAUCUUCUCUCUCAUUUUUGCCUAUAUAUAUAUAAUCAUAUAUAUAACAAUACUUGUAACAUCAAUCAGUGCAAAAUUUGCCUUGGGCACUCA